CUGCCAUCUGCGUUUUGUCGAGUCGUUGCUAGUCGCCUUUUAAAGGCGAUGCUGGGUAUUUUCCGUGCAAUGCCAAGCGCUGUAGGAGUCUUUCUCUUGCUGGUUGUCGUCUGCGCGUCACAGGCUCUGGGGGCCCCACGUUUGACAGCAUAUUAUCGACCUACAGCUUCUCCCUCCGCCCUGGGCGAGCUUUCUGAGUACGACGGUUCAUACUUAUCUACCCUUAUAUAUGGAUAUGCUGCAACGGACGAGAAAGGCUUUGUUUAUUGGGGGAACAAAACCAUUGCUACGGAAUUGCUACAUGGAAACGAUGAGCCAGCCUGCGAAUGCUGUGUGUUUGGAGGUGUCGGAGAAGUGAUUAAAUUCAAGCUGAAGUAUCCGGACGUUAUAACUGAGUUGGGAUUUGGCGGACCCAAGGAAAGCUGGGCUCUGUCGACUUUGGCUGCGUCAAAUGCGUCAAGAAUUGCGUUUGCGCGAAACGCAACCAAUUUCAUGAGGAUGCACGGCUUCGAGGGGAUUCAUAUUAGCUGGGAGUAUCCAAAGUCUUCUGGCGACUGGGACAACUACCUGCUGCUCUUGCAAGAAUUGCGAAGUUAUUGGACUCAACUCAAUUCUCCAAUGGGGUAUGCACUUUCUAUAUCCCUCCCAGCAGUUUCCCCUGGAUUGAUCAACGCCACCGUGGCGCAAAUCCAAGGACUCGCCAAUUUGGCACAACAAAUAAACAUAAUGCCCUACCGUGAAGCUCCAACGGCCUGGACCCAGUACGAAGGAAAUCUCUUCAAUCUUCCCACAGAUCCCAUCAAGGAUGGCAUGGAUGCUGCUCUUGCAGGGUAUGGGCAAGCACUACCCAUCGACCGCACCUUUCUCGGCAUCAAUACAAUGGCAGACAUGUUCGAAGAUGUUGCCCCUACGAUUUCUAACGUUACGAAUUCAACGGGCGUGUACUCUGCCUUCAAAGUGCGAAACAAAGAGUCCGUGUCAUACAGAGAUAUUAUCAAUACUGGGAAAUCCAGCGGAUAUCAGGAAGCCUUUGAUUCCCAACGCGUUGGAGGAUCGCUUUACAAUCCACAAACAAAUACGCUAAUUGUAACCGAGAUUCCGGACACCGUUCGCGCCAAAUCAACGUACAUCCAACAACGAACCUUGGCAGGCUUCGCACUCUCCUCCUUGGGGGCUGACCUUCCAUCCACCAAUCCUUUAGCUCUACACCAAAUCGCUCAGCAGACGCUUGGAGUAGCCAAACCAGCACAAGCAAAGCAUGCACUGUGCACCGAAGAAUCAAACUUUUGCAACUUGAAAAGCUGUCCAUGGGUCAAAUCGGAUAAACUCAUCGCGAAGCCUUGGUUUAUGUGGGUGGGUCUCGCUGCGGUCAUCGUGUGGCUGGUGGUCUACUACGUGAUCGGACGAGUGUUUUUCAGGUGUUACAAUGUUCGCAAAGUUGCGACGUGGAUGGACGCAGAAAAGCGACCGUUUAAAAGAAAGAACAAGCGUAACGAGAAACCCGAUUCGACAACAAUCUUGGUAGAUCAGAAUGUGAGGAACGAAAAGCCGAAAUAGAUCGUGCUGUCGUAGAUUUCUGCUACUUUAGAUGUCUUAUAGUCACUGUAGAUAGUUCAAAUGGCCAAUAGUGGUGGCGCGAUAGAUAUAUUUUAUUCACAUUAUGUUCUUAAGGCUAUCGACAAAUGCCCUACACUUUGGCAGCUCCGUCCAAUCUCAAUAGAUUUACCAGAAUCGGUAGAUCUGCUACAGCA